AUGGAGACGCCCGGGAGAAAUCAGCACCUUUCAACAAGGCCCUCUGAGCCAGUGGAAGUCAUCGAGCUUACCACGCGUGCUGGUGGUUCUAGCAGCAGGGAGGACAUUGAAGCCCAGUCGUCACCAUCUGGAAACAGCUCUACUCAGGCAUCUAGUUCAAAGGUGCCCAAGCAGGGGGUCGAGCCUGUCCCUAGGAUUGAGGCCGCUGCUCCAGAGCCACAGCCUGGAACUGCAAGCAAACCGCUGAGUUCCAUGUUGCGUCAGAAAUGUCGAGAGCUGUGGCACCCUCUUUGCGUCACUGUCUUGGGAAUUGGUCUCAUUAUCGCUGCUACCGUUUUCUGGGCCCGUGGAGACAUCUACAAGCCUUUCCGAGUCAGGGCCGCAACCAGGGAUCUGUUCGAGGCCACCAUCGUCUUCGGGAUUCUCCCUUACCACAACCUCAUCAUCGCUUACGACAUGUUCAACCGGACCAAGGCCCCCAUAGUCAACAUGGCCGGCCCCUUGGGCAGGGAGGAGCGCAGGCGCCUCUAUCACGACAAGGAGAACAUGGGCGUCCUGGGUGCCACCGCGCUCCGCAGCGUGCUGCUGGACUACGUCGACCCGGGCCCCAUCACGGGCACAUUCUCCGCGCUCAGGGCCGGCCACUUCAAGGUCGCGUUCGGCACGCUGCUGGCGCUGGUCAGCGCCGAGCUGUACACCUUCCUGGGCCAGCUCUUCUACCUGCUCGACUACGACGUGAGCGCCGACGGCCACUACCGCAUGGAGGUCUGGCCGCGCAUGUUCUACGCCGUCUACGCCAUCCUGGUAGCCUACUGCCUCGGCAUCUGGCUGCUGCGGCCCCGGGUCUGCGUCGCCCACCCCGGCCGGCCCGUCUUCACGCUCCUGGACCUCGCGCUGCUAGCGCGCCACAGCCACAUCCUGCAGUGCCCCGAGUUCUCGGUACCUGCCGGGCAGGGCGAGCAGCACCUGCGCGCCCAGGUCCUGCUCGCCGACCGCGUCUACCGUCGGCCACUUCAGGGGCACUGA